CAAUGAGACUCAAAGAUAUUUAAUGAAACCGGACUUCUAAACUUCAAGCUAGAGUUGGACUCUCCCUUUGCAUUCAAUGAAGAUCUGAACUUACUUGAUGAUGUUUACCCUUCAGGUAAUCUAGAUAUUCAAGAGCAAGGAAAUCUCGGAGUUUCUAAGUUCACUCAUGGAAGCCAAGAGCAGAUAUCUGAAUCCCAAUCCUCAGGAAACAUCAACUCGGAUUGCAAUAACUUAGAUACUUCUAAGACUGAGCCAAAGAUCAAGCAGCUAAGUGAAGAGCUAGCAGAUACCGAGAAUUGAAAAGGAGCCCCCAAAGGAAGAUGGGGCAGAGAACAAGAUAAAAUGCUGUUUCAAGAAAUUAGAUUACUUGAACGUACUGAUAGGCUUUCGAUACCUGAAAUUUUUGCCCUAAAAACUAAAGAAGACUGCCUUAAAGAUGAUGAUUUUAUGAAUCUACGAAACAGAGUAGGGUGGAAUGCUGCUCCAAAGAAACUGCUUACAAGAAUCAAAUCUCGUUGUGGUACUGAUUUUUCAUGAAGAGAGAUUAAGCUCCUCAAAAAGCUUCUCAAAUAAAUGGGACUAUCACUAUCAAAUUGAUCUGGAAAAGAUAAUUUACCACUUCCCAGGUAAAACUAUGACAGGACUUAAAAGAGUUAUUGAGACUCUUACUGAAUGAAGAGAAAAUAAAGUUUUGACCAAGCUCAAGAUAUCAGAUCUUUUCAAAUAGGUGCAUUGAACAAAAAAAUAAUAUUUGGAUAAACAUUUACUCAU